UUCACCGUCGUCUCUUCCUCGUCCUCUUCUUCCAUCUCUCUCCGUAACGUCAUGCCGGCCACUUCUCUCCGCCAGUUCGGCUCCGUUCUGAGGAGCCUCAGCCGCCGCUCUACCCUCUCUCUCCGUUCACUCUCCACCGCUCCACCACCCACCCAGCCUCCGCCUCCUCCAAAUCCCUGCCCCAGAACCCGGACCCCACUCGAGAAGCAGUUCGAGACAUGGAUCCAAACCCUGAAGCCCGGGUUCGGCCCGGCGGAGGUCGAGGCUGCUAUUCGGGCCCAGCCCGACCCGGACCUCGCCCUCGACAUCUUCCGCUGGACCGCCCAGCAGCGCGGUUACUCCCACACCGCCGACACCUACCUCAGCAUGCUAAAGACCCUGAUCGGCGGCCGCCGGUACCGCCACGCCGAGACUCUAAUCGAGGAGGUCCUCGCCGGCGCCUGCGAGGUCAGCGUCCCGCUUUACAACUCCAUCAUCCGGUUCUGCUGCGGCCGUAAGAUGCUCUUCAACCGAGCCUUCGACGUGUACAAUAAGAUGCUCCGGUCGGAGAAUUGUAAGCCGAAUCUCGAGACGUACACUUAUCUGUUGAAUUCCCUCCUUAGGAGAUUCAAUAAGUUGAAUGUUUGUUACGUUUACUUGCACGCGGUCCGUUCGAUGAACAAGCAGAUGAAAGCUUUGGGCAUUAUUCCUGAUACAUUCGUGUUGAACAUGAUCAUCAAGGCGUACUCAAAGUGCCUCCAGGUCGAUGAGGCGAUCCGAGUAUUCCGUGAAAUGGGUUUAUAUGGAUGUGAGCCGAAUAAUUAUACGUAUAGUUACGUAAUGAAGGGGUUGUGUGAGAAGGGGAAAGUUGGCCAGGGUCUCGGGUUUUACCGGGAGAUGAGGGAGAAAGGGCUUGUCCCGAAGAGCAGUGCGUAUAUGAUUCUGAUUUGUAGUCUUUCGAUGGAGCAGAGGUUCGAGGAUGCCACUGGAGUUGUGUUCGAUAUGCUGAAGGAAGGCAUGGGGCCUGAUUUUUUGACGUAUAAGACUCUAUUGGAAGGGCUGUGCCGGGAGGGAAAAGGAAACGAAGCAUUUGAUCUGCUUGAGGAGUUUCGGAAGAGGGAUUCUUUGAUGGGGCAGAAGAAUUACAAGAUCUUGUUGAACACUUUGCAGUUCCAUGCUCGAGAAUGAGUCCCCUUGCGCUAGGUUUCGAGCGUAUUCGUGCUGAGGAUGUCUUGUGUUUGAAUCAGGAACGUGCACUCCGGAAUAGAGGGUUUGGUUGGUCGGUCAUUCAUUUACACUUGAUUGUGUGAAUACUGAACUCAGAGAUAGUUUCUUUGAUGGUUCAAAUUAAUCGACAUAAAUCUGAGUAUAUUCCUAGCGUCCUGCAGUGAAGCAACCGAAGUAGUAGUUACUGGAGUCGUGAAAUGCUGCUGCUAGGCAGUUUUGUUUCGUGAACUGGUGGUGUUCUGGCUGCAUUUUCUAGCGUUUCGUGGAGCAUAAAUGAAGUGAAGUCACCAAAGGAAGAACAUGCACCUUGGUUUAAACUGAUUAUUGGAAUGAGUAAAGGAAGCUUGUUACGGAGAUUCUCUCGCAUUGAUAUCGAGAAACUAUGUGAUCCUGAAAUAGCAUCGGAUUAUGGUUCUGUACUGCUGGUGUUGGAGAUGGCCAUUGGCGAUGUGCUUGUCAGAAGUAAGGCAGCAACUGACUAGUGGAGUCGAGUGUGAGAUUAAGCACUGCUUCCAUGGUACUGAUGAAGCAAAGUUCUGCAUCCUUAGGACCUUACGGGUAGCAUGGAACGGGAAGAUCGAAUUUUGAAUACUUCAUAGCAAGAUGAAAUUAUUCUUUCUUAUUUGCUUGAAAAUAUUGAAGAUCGAAACCGGACCGAAGGAAAAGUCAGUAUGACGUGUAUGAACUCUUCAUGUCCAAUGAGUUUAUAAUUGUUCGUCCAAAUUCUUAAA